CUCUACAGCAGGCGGUUAUUCUUCAGCCCAGGAUGGCUCAGUUGGAAACAUUGGAAGCAAAGAUGGCCAGUAUAGAGGUUUCUCUGUCGAAUUCUCACAGACGAAAAAAAAGUGGCUCCCUUUUUCGUACAAGUAUUUCAAAAGACGGUGAAGUCGAAGCUUUAAGAAAAUCUAUAAGGGAAAAGGACGAUGCACUUCAGAAUGUGAAGCUCAUCGUGCCUGGGUUAAAACUUAGAGAAUCGUGCAAUAGCAACCAACCAUUUACGGAAAAAGAAAAGGCGCAAAUUGAUAACGCUCUUACUACAUUAAAGUCGGAAGUUGAAGCGAAAAAACUGGCAAUAAAGAAUCUAAAAAUGGCUCUAGACCGCUUGGAUAUUUCAGACAACAUCGACGUGCGAAUCCGACAGGCGGAGUUGGAAUUCCAGCUGGGUCGCGAAGAGCUUAAUUUAUUAACUCUGCUAGAGGAGGCGAGGGCGCUUCAGGCCUGUCUCGACGAGGCCGAAAGAAGAUUCAGCGCCCCAGACGCUCACACGCUAUACAGGUAACACUGACCACUUUAUGAUCGAUAUACCAUCUGGGACGUAUGUCUAAAUAUCUUUAGGUGGUAUAAUUUUCUGCCCAUCACAACGUGUUACGACUAGU